AUGGCAGAUAAGGAACAAUUAACUAAAAAUAAUAAAUUGCAACGAGAAGUGGAUCAUUUACGACGGAUAGCAUUUUGUGGCGUAGCAAUGUCAACCGUAGCAACUUUGUCAUGUAUCAUAUCGUUACCAAUAUUAUACAAUUAUUUGCAACAUGUACAAUCAAUGAUGGAAAAUGAAGUGAAAUUUUGUCGAUCACGAUCUGGUAAUAUUUGGCGUGAAAUAACCCGGACACAGUAUCUUGUAAAGUCAUCUGGAACAUUACGAACGAAGCGAUCAAGUGCGGCAGGUUUUGACGAUGACAUAUUUUUUGAGCAUGAUAGGAGACAAAUUACGGCUUGUUGUGGAUGUGGAAUUUCUCCGCCUGGAAUAUCUGGGCCUCCAGGAUUAGAGGGUAGAGAUGGUGCAGAUGGUAAACCAGGACGUCCAGGGAGAGAUGGCCCAGACGCUAUUGAAAAACAGCUUCCUAUGGCACCACAAGAAUGGUGCUUUGAUUGUGAAGAUGGUCCACCGGGUCGAAUGGGCAGACCCGGACCUAAAGGUCCACCGGGAAGACCAGGACUGAUGGGAUUUGCAGCUAAAAGCGGAGUGCGAGGUCCUGCAGGACUAAGGGGUCAAAUUGGACCUCCUGGCACACCUGGAGCGCCUGGACUCAAAGGACCACCAGGACCACCAGGUCAAAUAAUUGAGAAGAAACAACCUAGAGGGCCAUCAGGUCCAGCAGGUGCACCUGGACAACCAGGAAGAGUGGGUAAUCGAGGUCUUCCAGGUGCACCAGGAGUAAUUGGUUCACCUGGAAAACCAGGAGAUGCCGGCAGAGAUGGUGCACCCGGUAAACCUGGUAAACCUGGUAAUCCAGGUCCAGCUGGUAUAAAUGGAGUAACAGGACGCUGUGAUCACUGUCCAAAACCACGAACAGCACCUGGAUAUUAA